AUGAGAUUCAUUAUUCUUUCAAUUUUGCUCGCCUUUUUGCUUGCAGCCACCGUUCAAGCAACCAUCAAACAAUCAAACACCUGCAAAUGUGUUUUCCAUGACGGUACCACUAGAGAAAUCUUAGCCUACAGUCAAGAAAACUGUGAGGAAAGAUGUCAACUCGUCGCCUCUGUUUCAUCCCCAACCUGUGAUGUUGCUACCUGUGUUUGCGUUUGUCCAAAGGCCAAGAGAAAAUGUAACUCUUCAGGUCCACCAUCUUCCUCUGGUGGUAGCACUCAUGGUGGUGCUGGUGCUGGUGGUGCUGGUGGUGCUGGUGGUGCCGGUGCUGGUGGUGCUUCCUCUUCAUCUGCUAGUGCAUGUGGUUCUGGUUCUGGUUCCAGUGGAUGCACUGGUACUGGUUCUGGUUCUGGAUCUGGUUCUGGAUCUGGUUCAGGAUCUGGUUCUGGUUCUGGUUCAGGUAUGGCUGUCUUUGACCAAGAAAAGGUUGGUGCUACCUGCAAGGGUAACAAGUGUCCAUGUGCUUCUGAAAGCGUUGCUGCCAUUUACAACUAA